AUGAGCUUGCUGGCUAUCAAUACUGUCGAUCGCUUGGAUCGGCCUAGUGCCUACUAUGUAGGAAAGAACAAGCGGCGCAGCAGAUACAACGACAGGGAUGAGGAAGAUCAUGAGAGGGAGGACCCCAUGGCAAAGCUUCGGGAUGCGACUACCCUCUACGUGGGCAACUUGUCCUUCUACACGACCGAGGAACAGAUCCACGAGCUUUUCUCCAAGUGCGGCGAGAUCAAGCGACUGGUGAUGGGUCUCGAUCGGUUCAACAAGACCCCCUGCGGAUUCUGCUUUGUCGAAUACUAUACCCACCAAGAUGCACUGGAUUGCUUGAAGUAUGUUGGAGGCACAAAGCUGGAUGAGCGCAUUAUCCGAGCCGAUUUGGACCCUGGAUUUGAGGAGGGCCGUCAGUACGGACGUGGCAAGUCUGGUGGACAGGUUCGUGACGAGUAUCGUGAGGAAUACGACCCCGGCCGAGGUGGUUAUGGCCGUGCAUACGACGAGCAGCGCCAACGAGAGGAGGAACAGUACGGCGAGGGAAGGUAA